AUGAUUGCGGUUACUUCGAUUAAAGAUUAUCGAUUUAACGUGAUUUGUCUUACUGCGCUUAAAGGCUCUCGGCUUUUUGUGAUUAGAUCUUGGCUUAAAAUUGGGUUGUGUAUCCUGUUGGGGUUGCUGUCUAGUGCUAGUGGAUCUACUCAGUUGAUGGGAUUGCGUACGGAACAUUCGGAGAUUUGGCCGAGGUCCGCUAAUAUAGUUGCUGUUCUCGGCUUAAUUGGGUUUGAGUUUGAGGAGCCGAACCCGGAAGUGAAAGUUACCUACACCUUUAAUAAUGCACCGCCCAUGCGUUCUAGUGAGACAGUAGCACUAUCUCCUGAUACGCCUAGCCCGAAAAUAGCCGUGCCUAACUAUAAGGUAGAGUGCUUAAGCACAUCGCCUCGGUUUAAACUGCCCUACUACAAUGAUCCCGAGACGGCUAAGGUGGCUUUAGAUGAGCUACAAAGAAUUACGGUUAUUAGGGCUUCUAAUAUUUAUGUUCUUUAUGAAAAGGCUAACUUAGAGUGCCACCAGAUAAACAUACACAUUCUAUCUCGAGUUAUUAACCUGGUUGACUGCUUGGUUUUGGAGAUAUGCGUGAAUGCUAGUUUAGAAGUCCUGGAUACUUCUGUUUACCUGGGUGCUUGUCGAGAGGAAGCAAUGGAUGCUUUUAAACGAGCGGAGUACCUCUUGCAAUGCCGCGUGGUUCUUUCGGGUCGAUCAGUCACUCCUUCGGACCUGAUUUGUCCUGGAGUUGUCUUGUUGCGGCCGGUUUCCAGUGUAUCUUUGACACACGUCAGAGUCAAUCAUGCUUCUCUUCUGGACCAGUUGAUACUAACGAAUGACUAUACAGUUUCCUUCCUAUUUUUGCCGGACGUGGCUAAUAUCGAUCUUAGGAUUCUUCAAAACAUUUCUUUGACUUGUGCUCGGAUUCGUAUUAUGGGCCGUUUUGGAACGAAACUAACCGUAACUGGUCUUGAGAAGGUCGUCGGUCCUCAUUCUGAAAUAAGUCUAGAGACAAAUUGGGAGAUUCUUCAAUACUUGGCUGAGAACAAUGACACAUUAAUUCGCGUUAAAACCAUUGCCGGAUGUAUGAUUUCCUAUCAAAGCUACUGCAAACUAACGGCUGAGGCCCCUCACAAAAAAGCACCAGGCCUAUCUAAGAUUUUUGCCACAAAGGUCAUUCUUGUGAUUCCAAUCAAUAUGCCAUGUGCUCCCUUAUCUCGCUACGGCCAGUUAUAUACCAAAGAGACUCUUGCUAAAUAUGGUAUUUGGGCUCGUGUCAUUUUGUUCAAACAUGAAGGCAAACGAACCGAUUUGAUAGAUACCAUAAAUUUCUUCACUCAGAUCAAUGCUUUCCCGGGAAUACCAGAAGAUUGUCUGGAGAAUAAUGUCCUGUGUUGUGGCGACGAACUAUCCGAUCCUAACUUUGGACUUCAAGCGAUAGUCUGCAUCAACCUGGGCCAUCCUAAUAUACGCCAUCAGAUCGCGGCAUACAACAGCGAACAUUAUAUUUGCUUCUGCCAGAACAUAUGCUACAGCAACCUGAUAAUCAAUGGUGCCGAGCUGCCAUACGAAAAUCAAGUCAACGAUUGUAUUGCUCUGCUACAUUUAUUCCAGGACAUCACAACCAAUAUACUCAAGUUUAUGAAUGUUUGCCAUGCACACGCUGACAGCACCUUUGAUCCAAGUAUUCUAGAGGCCGAGAUCCAAGUCUCCCAAAAAUACCAGCUCAAAGCCAAGCAUUUAGUAUUUGACCAUGUUGAUGAUCAUAUUAUCUACUGGAUGCUAGGCCGCUACCAUUUUAUUAACACACUGGACAUAUGCAUUUGGAAUCAGUGGUUCCGAAAUCUGGCCAUUGCCCGAGUUCUUGCCCUUCCUAUUGCCAUCCACAUUAACACACUCACGAUCAAUGAUUUCUUUGGAGUAAAUGAGGUCAUGCAUUAUGAAAAUAGCGACCAAAUCGAAGGAUUCUCACUUUUCAAGUAUAUCAAGGAAGCACGCGCUCAACAUAUUCCGAUUUGGGCUCUUGGCCUCAGCAAGCUAUUUUUGGAGUUGAGAGCUCCGAUUGGAAAACGACAUGUUGUGAUUCUGGACAGGUUGUCCAAGUAUGGAAUUAAGCCAUACUAUCCCCCUUACGUCCAAAACCCCUUAUGGCUCCUAACGGCUCCAAUCAUGCAAAACCAUCAACAACUCUGGGCGCCCUACGUAACACCAACUAAUGCAACACCAUUUCAACCUAACCCAACACCAACUAACUCAACUCCAACUCAAUCCAACACCAACUCAACCCAACCCAAUACCAACACCAAUGCCAACCUAAUUCAAGAUAAACCUGCACUUGAUACACCCAAUACUAACACGGAAUAA